CUAACUUUCCCCCCUGAUGUUGAAGAGAAAGAACGAGGAGGACGUGAACGGUAACGACAAUACGAAACGUGUUGCUCUGGACGCUGAGGUUGAUGUUGAAGCUGGCGAUAGCAGUGCCGUGGUGAUAAACAAUGGGCAUAUCGAUGAUGAUACGAACGGUAGUGGUGGUGGCGGUGGCGAUGGUGCUGGCGCCAGUGAUGACGACCACCCUAUGGAGGGGGACAGUGACCAUGGGGAGGCGUUCCAGGAGGGACACGGAGUCUCCAGCCAGCACGGAGUUGAUGAGGAAGGCGGCGUAGAAAACGGUGCUGUUGAUGAUGGUAACGGCCGCGGUAGUAAUGGUGACGCCCUGACACAGGCGCUUAGUGUGAAUGGGAAGAAGUACCCGGAUGAUCCCACGUAUGUGUGCUUCCGUAUGCUCUGUCUGGCGAAAGAGGCUGGACUCAUAGUUGGGAAACGUGGUGAAACCAUAAACCAUAUCAAGAGCGCGUCAGGUGCGCGUUUACAAGUUAGUGAAAACAUCAAAGAUGUUGUCGAGCGCGUUGUCUUUGUGAAGGGCUCCGCGGAGAACGUUGCCAAGGCGUUUGGACUGAUUGUACGAGCCAUCGUUGGCGAGGAGGAGGAUAAACCUUCAAGUGCAGAGUCUCACCCCUAUGACCUACGGCUCUUGGUCCCUAACAACGCUAUAGGCUAUGUCAUUGGGAAACAGGGCUCGAGGUUCAGGGAAAUUGAGGAGGACUCGGCUGCAGUUCUCAGUGCCGAGUCCAAAAUGAUGCCCUUUUCAACAGAUCGGUGUCUCACGAUACGUGGUGUCGCUGAUGCUGUACACAUUGCAGUUUAUUACGUUGCGCAGACAAUACUAGGGCUGAGACCCUUGAGAGGGGAUGUGAUAUUCUAUGAUCCUGUUAAGGCAGAGCUUGCGAGUAAAGCCGGGGUCCCUAGCAGUGGAGUCAAUGGGCCCGGUGGAUUGAGACUACCUGGUAUAAUGCCAACUAACGUUAUGGGAUACACUCUACCUGCAGCACUUAGUGGACAACAUUAUACACAGGCGCACUUCAACGGAUUAUCAUUACAAUCAGGAUCAGAAACAUUUCAGAGCAUUGAAGGUGUGAACAGCGCAGUUGCUGGUGGAGGAGGGGGUAAUGGUGGAGGUGUCUCAAGUGCUGGGUUUAUCAAUCCACUGCCGAUAUCGUUGCCUUUGGAUGAUGCGAAAAUUACCCAUGAGCUGUAUAUUCCAAAUGACUACGUAGGUAACGUCAUAGGCAAGAUGGGAAAGACGAUUAAAAGUAUUAAAGAACAAAGUGGUUCGAACGUUAUCAUCGGUGAUCCUGAAGCUGGAUCUUCACAGAGAAGGGUCACAAUUGUUGGAAAUGCGUAUGGUAACCAAACUGCUAUCUAUCUUAUCAACAACAGGAUCAACAUGGACAAGAAAGCUAAUGAUGCAAAGGCCCGUCUAAAAGAGCAGCAACACCAGCAAGCCCAACAGACUCGCAGUGAAACUCAGAUCAAUGAAACGUGACAUUGCAAUCCUGAUGAUGGUGUACAUUGCCCAGUACUAUUAGGCCUUAAUGGACGACAUUUUUUACAAGAGUAAAACUCUACAUUGAAAUAGUAGCAUUGUGAUAAGCAUUAAAGAGAAAACUGAUACAGAAUUACAACUCAUCUCUGGUUUCAUGUGCAAUGUCAACCAAUUCCACUGUGAAUACCAAGUCAGCAUUUGGAGGGAUCACACCACCGGCACCUCUUGAACCGUAUCCCAACUCUGGAGGGAUAGUGAGCUUACGCUUCUCACCAAUGCACAUACCCAAGAUACCUUGGUCCCAACCUUUGAUGACUCUGCCGGUACCCAAUGGGAAAGUAAUUGGCUCCCCGCGGGAUAACGACGAGUCAAACACUGUGCCAUCGGAUUUCAGAGACCCUGUGUAAUGAACAGACACAGUGUCACCAUUA